CUUUUGCUGCCAGCCCGAGUCGUCAGUCGUCGUCCCCCUUUUUACCCGCGUUCUCGUCCAUCAUUGUCUCUUCUGCUUUUUCUCAACAAAUAUUCCCUGCCCUCCCAAAGCCCCUACCCAUCUCUCAAUUCCUUCUCCUCUUCCAUGACGAUUGGUUCUGCCGGAUCCAGCAUCAUUGUGCCGCGAAAUUUUAGGUUGCUGGAAGAGCUCGAGCGUGGAGAAAAGGGUAUAGGAGAUGGAACUGUAAGCUAUGGAAUGGAUGAUGGAGAUGACAUUUACAUGCGCUCUUGGACGGGUACCAUAAUUGGUCCACUCAAUACUGUUCAUGAAGGACGCAUAUAUCAACUUAAGCUUUUCUGUGACAAAGAUUAUCCUGAGAAGCCACCAACUGUACGAUUUCAUACACAAAUCAAAAUGGCUUGUGUCAACCAGGAAACUGGCGUGGUUGAAGCAAAGAAGUUUGGAAUUCUGGCAAAUUGGCAGCGGGAGUUCACCAUGGAAAACAUACUGAUACAGCUGAAGAAGGAAAUGGCAGCCUCAUACAACCGGAAGCUUGCCCAACCACCAGAAGAUUUGAAUUAGAAGGUAAUCUAUGUGGAUUAAAGCAUCUUAAACAACCGCGAAAGUUAUAUCUUGAGGUGGACUUCAGGUAAUUGUUUACAAAUUACUACCAAAACCAAAACCUGUAGAGAUUAAGAUAUACUUUUGUUGCUUUUGGCUUCCAAUUCAGGUAGCAUGUGAUACUAUAAUAUGUCCGUUUGAAUAAACAUUUAUGUGUCGAAGCAAGAAAAGAAUGUUUCUCUUAAAGCUUUGUAGCUAAAGUGUUAAAAAGCGCAUACCUUGCACCCAAGGUUAUGUGUUCGACUUUCUUUUGUACACGUCUUUUGUAAGCGGUUGCGUUAUUCAUAAUGUGGUCAUUUGUUGCAUAGCCUUGUUAUGUAAUAUCGUUUACAAUUAAAUUGGAUACUUGUGUAGAA